GAGUGUGUAGGGCACCAAGAUGGAGAAACUACGUUGUUUGCUGCAGAGAACUUUGGGCACAGUCCGGCACCACAUGGGCACAGACCAGUUUGGCAAUAAAUACUAUUUUGUCCCUCAGCAGAAAACAUGGACAGGUCGCUCUUUUAGAGAAAGAAGAUUUGUGGACCCAGUGAAUAAAAACACACAUGAAUAUCAGCUCGGCCACAUCCCUACAGAAUGGGAGGCCUGGAUCAGAGGCAAGCGGAAAAAUCCUCCGACAAUCGAGGAAAUACUUCAAAAUGAAAAAUCAAGAGAAGAGAUAAAAACCAAGGCAGAAGAAGCUUUGGAGAGGGACACAUUAAAUCUCGCAGCAGGACACAGAGACGGGCUCGUUGCUCAGCCAGGCAAGACUCAGAUUAAAGGACAUGCCUCCGCCACGCUGUUUGGGAAGCAAGUGCCCUCGGAGGAGCCAUCCAGCACUGCUAACACCUUUCAACCGGGAUCCUGGGCCGCACCGGCAGCUGCAGACCAAAAGAAGUGAUCCAUUUAGAGGGGUUGUUCACCUUUAAAAUAACAAUAAUAAUAAUAAUAAUAGCAUGAUGCAGAGAGUGAUAUUCUGAGACUAUUUGCACUUGGUUCUCAUUUUUAUUAUUUAGCUUUUUAUUCAGCGGAUCUCCAGUUUGUAAUUUCAACUGUCUGGUUGCUAGGGUCCAAAUUACUCUAGCAACCCUGCAUUGAUUUGAAUAAGAGACUGGGAUAUGAAUAGGCGAGGCCUGAAUAGAAAGAUAAUAUAAAGAAGCAAUAACGAUACAUUUGCCUUAGAGAGCAUUUGUUUUUUAGAUGGGGGUCAGUGACCCUCACUUGAAAGCUGGAAAGAGACAGAAGAAAAAGGCAAAUUAUUGAAAAAGGAUUAAAAUGAAAACAUGAAGGCCAAUUGAAAGGUUGCUUAGAAUUCUAUAACAUACUUAAAGGUGAGCCACCCCUUUAAUACAUAAAAACACUUUUCUAGGUGUGUGUGUGUGAGAAAUAAAAUGUGUUAUUGUUGAUCUUGUC